AUGGCCCCGCCGGGGUGCCUCCCCCGCUGCCGCCCUCGGGGGAGCGUCCACCGGCGGGGGCGCGCCCGACAUCUGCCGCCACCACCGCGGCCUCCUUCUCGGGGCCCGGGGUUUCCCUCAGUAGCCCGGCGCUGCGCCCGAGAGGACCGCCGCGGCUCGGCCCGCCCCGCCGACGCGGGGAGGCGGCCCGGCCGCCGAGCACCUCGCCGACCCCGCCGCCCAGAGGCCGCGGCCGGCGCCGGCGGCGACGACGACGACGACGACGACGGGGCCGGGAAGGCCCCCGCCGCCGCGCCUCCUCCGCCGCCGCCGCCGCCGCCGCGUCUCCCGGCGGGCGGGUCACGCACGCGGCCGCGCGCGCACGCCCUGAGGCACGGCCCGGAACGCCCGGAGGGCUCGGCCCUCGGGCUUUUUCCUCUGCCGCGCCAGGGGCCGCCUCGGCCCGAGAGCGGGACUCUGCCGCUCGGCCAGAGCCCCGCUCCCCGGUGCGGGAAGGGCCGGAGGAGCCGCCUCCUCCCAGCCCCGAAGGCGCCCCCGGACUCCCACCAUCCCUCGCCCGGAGCGAGGCAAGGGGGCGGGCGCGCCUCCGGGAGGGGGCCGUGCCGAGCACCCCCUCCCUCCCGCACCCGGGCAGCUCCCGCGCAGCCAGAGGAGAGAGCCGGGCUCGGGAGAACUCGGGCCGUGCGCGCCUGGGCGGCCCGCGCGGCGGCCGCCGCCGUCGGCGACCGGCGUUCGGCGGCGCCGGCCGCGACGGCGAGGGCUCGGGGCCGGACGCCCCCGCCGCCCUCCGGCGGGGGACGGACCGGCGGCAGACCGGCGCUGGUUUGGAGGGGGGGGAAAGGAGGGAAGAGGCGCCGCGACGGCGGCGAGCGCGCCGCGCUUCGAGGCCCGGCCGCGACGCGCGGUGUAGCGCGGGGAGAGCCCCGCCCGCGCGCACGGUGGCGGGCGCGCGCGGCGGCGCUUCGCCGCGCCGGGCGCCUCUUCCGCCCCCCCCCCUCCGGGAGGUGCCGCGCGCCCUCAUCUCUCUCUCUGGGGCUGCGGCGCGCGGCUGCGCGGCGGCCGGGCUGA